AUGGCGGCCAAGUACUGCCCUGAUUGGGAUUACACAGACUUGAAGACAAUGCCACUUCCCAUGGACCUGGACUGUGAAGGUGGGAAACUUACAGUCCAUCCAUACCAACCAUCCAUUUCCAGCACAAGUGAAGAGGUGGACCCACAACCACCUAUUUCCAGCACAAGUGAAGACGUGGACCCAGCAAUGGUCCAGCUACUGCACAAGAAAUUGAUGAUUUUUUGCAGAGAACUGGAAGACAGUGUUGUUGUCUAUCCAAAACAAGUUUUACCCAUGGAGCCGACCCUGGUCAAGCCAGAUGACCCAGCUUGCCAAUUCAACCCGGUUGAUGAUGUUGAGAUGGAGACCUUGCCCACGGAGCUGACCGUGGCCAAGCCAGAUGACCCAGCUUGUGAAUUCAACCCGGUUGAUGAUGUUGAGAUGGAGACCUUGCCCACAGAGCCGACUGUAGCAACGAGUUCCUUGCAUCCAAAAAAACCUCACGCACAAUUGCUGAAAAGGCAGCAGAGAAAAGCAAUUCCAAUUUUGCCACCCCAGAGCCCACCUUGGACACCUGCUCCUAGCCAGAAACCAGAUGACAAGAUUGGUGCGGAACAUAACCACUCUGCCUUGGAUCUCUCAAAGCUGCACAAGCAGAGGCCAAGAUUUUGGCCUGAGGAGACCCAAGUGAUCAUUUACUUCAUAGCAUCAGAACCUUCUGGACCACUCAAGCAUUCCUGUUGGGAGCACGUUGCCACUCUGAUCAAUCAAAAAUUCAAGACAAUCAACACAUGUGAACGUGGAGCAAAACGUUGCAGGAUACACUACAAUUAUGCAAGGAGUUGGGGUCCUUGAUCAGCCUAUGAAAUUCUGUUAUGCUUAUCUGGACAACCAUCUAUUUGAUAACUGUACAGCAAACUGAUGUGAUGAAAGCAAUCCAAAACCUCAUAGCAAAGGAGGAGGCCCAAUUCGU